AUGGGGAGUAGCCAACAAUUGGUUUCGUUUUUGACUGCCAUGGCGAAGACCGCCUUCGGUCUCGGAACCGCCGCGGCUGUUGUCAACUCCGCGCUCUACACCGUCGAGGGAGGCCAGCGUGUGGUUAUCUUCGAUCGUUUCACCGGAGUUGUCCCCACCGUCGUCGGCGAAGGCACUCACAUUCGGAUCCCCUGGAUCCAGACUCCUCACUACUUCGACAUCCGCGUCAAGCCUCACACCUUCACUUCCGUCUCUGGUACGAAGGAUUUGCAGAUGGUGAAUCUCACCCUCCGUGUCCUCUCUCGCCCGGAGAUGACGCGUCUGCCCUACAUCUUCCAACAUCUUGGUGUGGAGUAUGAUGAGAAGGUGCUCCCUUCGAUUGGUAAUGAGGUGCUGAAGGCAGUGGUUGCUCAAUUCAAUGCUGAUCAGCUGCUCACCGAACGUCCUCAAGUUUCCAUGCUCGUUCGGGAAGCUCUUAUCAACCGUGCUAGAGACUUCAACAUUAUGCUCGAAGAUGUGGCGAUCACCCACCUGUCUUAUGGUGUGGAGUUCUCGAGGGCCGUCGAGCAGAAGCAGGUGGCUCAGCAGGAGGCCGAGAGGUCCAAGUUUGUGGUGAUGAAGGCUGACCAAGAGAGGAGGGCUGCUGUUAUCAGGGCGGAAGGUGAAAGUGAGGCUGCCAAGCUUAUCUCCGAUGCAACUACCAAGGCUGGCAUGGGGCUUAUUGAGCUCAGGAGGAUUGAGGCUGCUAGGGAGAUUGCCGCAACUCUUGCUAGGUCGCCGAAUGUUUCUUACCUUCCUUCUGGGGGCAAUAUGCUGCUUGGAUUGGGUGCUGGCCGCUGA